GCCAUUUUUAAAGCGGCAAAUUUUGUGUGGCGAUUGUCAAUUUCCGUGUCAAUUUCCCGGAAUUGCAUCAUGACGUCCUUUGUAAGUGAUCCUCGAACUCUAACAAAAGAAAAAUUGAAAUCUGAACUUGCUAAACACAGUGUUCCUUUACCCCAUAAAGACAGCAGAAAGGAUGUUUACGUUGAAUUGUACCGGGAGCAUUUGAGCCCCAGAUCCGAAUCCGGUAAAAAGUUUGCACAUGGCAUGCAUGGUGAACAACUGACCUCGUUUUCAAGUGACGAAGAGGAAGGAUUCGGUGAUUCUCCUCGAAGAAAGCGGAAGCCAGGGAGUAUUGGUCGAUCAAACAUGGUUGUUAUUCCGAAUUCAGACAUAACUGAUGUCACAACAUUAUCUGAUACAGAACUUUUUACUACCCUUAAAAAAAUGGGUGCGACAGUUGGACCGAUUCAAGAUACAACGCGGGCAGUUUAUCAGAGAAAGCUGCAGUAUCUCCUUGCCAAUGGAGGUGCUGAUAAAAACGUUAUAAGACAGGAGGAAGAGGAAGAAGAGGAGGAAGACGAUGAUUACAGUGAUCAAGAAGAAGAUACACAGAUCUUAAAUGAAAAGGAUGCAGCCACUGAGUUUUUCAGGGAUAGUAGUUAUGUGAGACGAAGGCCUGCCCCAUCACAAGUCACAUCUCAGCGGACAGUAAAGGUCACCAAUGUAGUCAACAAUCAAGGCAGUAAAACAGAAAAAGUUGAAACAGAGAAAGUCACUAGAAAAGGUACAGACGGAAAGUUGGAAACAAACGAGAAAGUUACAACCACAUCCACAGUCGACGGUAAAAUGGUCACAAAUACCAGCGUCUCGACGAAAAAGAAGGGCAUGGCAUUAUGGAUCCAAGUGUGCAUCUUUGCUGCUGUAGCGUUGGUGAUCUUCAUCAUUAUCACAACCAUGGAACCGUCCCCCAGUAAUCCUGUAUCUGGGACUUCACACUAAAAAUGCAUAAUCUCGGGACACUUUUUGAACUUUCGUGUAUUCAUAUUUAAGGCUUUAUAUGAAUCUUCUUCCAAGUAUCUUUUCACACUGCCUCUAAUUUAAAGAAAGUUAUUCAUGUUCUGGAGUGAUUAUUUCAUCAUUUUUUGUUUUUGGUGGACAUAUUGGAAGUCCACAAAGAGGAUACUGGAAGUGCAUAAUGGUCAAGUUCAUCUGGCAAAUGAAGAGGUUAAAAAACCACAAUUCCUCUUUAUCUUUUCCUCUGAGAAUUAAAUGGCGUCAUAUGGCAGUUAAGUUAGCUAUAAAUGCAGGGUGUGCCCUUCUUGAGUCUGUUGCAAGCCUUCACUAGGGCUUUAAAACAUAUCGUCACCACUGCUUUUUGCUGCUUUUUGAUAUCAUUGGAUAUAUGUAUCAAUGUAAGUUGAAAACACCUUAUAUUUUUUGUAAUGAUGAUAAGAAUGCAUGAGUAGGAUUUUGAAGUGCUUGGCUCUAUAUUGAAUAUAUACAUUUAGAAUAGUAUAUUCAGUUUAUAGUCAGUCCAUAAAGAGGUCAAAAUACAGACAUUUAUAUCCAGAAUGAGUUGUUGAUAACUGCCCUAAACCAUGUAUGCAAAUGUGUUCAUCUUAAAAGUGAAGAGUCGAAAAGUAAACGUCCUGGUUUUCGUGAUGAAUAUUUACAAAAAAUAUGUGCUGAAUUUUCUGCUGCCAAUUUCUCACUUUUGUAUUUAGAAAAGUUUUUUGUCAAUUUGUAAUGUUGUUGCUGGAUUUUUUGUAUGAUUUCCAAAAUAUGUUGAAAAGGGCCUUGAAGCCAGUCCUCCAUUUUCAUAUUUAGGAUACUUGAAGUUGUACAGUAAAGCCAAAGUAAUGCCCUGCAGAUUGAAUUGUAAUAAAUAAUAAGACUUAUUCAUUC